UCUACUCUUCAUUCGGAGUCUAGACGCUGUAUAACACUUGUGUGGUGGCCAAAGUCUCUCUCUGGACACACAUCCCUGCUGCCAUCAUGAAGACCUUCAGUCAGGUCUCUGUUUUUUUCUCAUUGGUUGCGAUCGUGCAUAUGUCCCAAGGCUCUUCCUUUUCUCCACCCAGUGGACUUCCGGGCUGGAGAGAUCUAUGUCCACCGCAGUCGUGCCCAGUGUGCCCAGGAGAGUGUCCGAAGUGCGAUGGUUUCCCUGUGUGUCACGAGGUCUGCCCCGAUAUUGCUAUAGGAUGUGACUGCCCCUUCUACCACAGCUGCGAAUGUCGGCACCGUGUAUGUCCUCCCUGUGAAAAUCCCAUCGCCGAGCUGAUUAAAAAGGGAGGCUACAAAGGAUAAAGGAGCGAGAAGGCGAUACAUACCUUCACAAAUCUCAUUAAACUGAAAGAGAGAGAGAGAGAGAGAGAGAGAGAGAGAGAGAGAGAGAGAGAGAGAGAGAGAGAGAGAGAGAGAGAGAGAGAGAGAGAGAGAGAGAGA